UCGACAUCAGACAGCAUAGCUAUGAGUCACGUCAACAUUUUUUUGCUCAUGACACGUUUUUCUCUAAAUGUAUUCAAUGGAACAUAUAUAACUCGGUCAACCAAUGAGAUCUCAGGUAGAUGCAACGAGACAACCGCUAUUGGCCCGUCCUUAGAAUCCCCGCCUCCCCCUACGCCGGCUUAGUUAAUAUUCAUGAGGACUGGGCACGGCCCACCAAUCAGAUCAAGAGGGGGUGGACACUUUUGACCGGGAGGUAAGGUUUGUUCUCAACAUCAAAACCUCUUGACUAUGUAAUUUUCCGAGGAAGUGGGACAACGAAGCGAGAAGUCCAGAACACUCUGUCCGUCGUCGGUACAACUUUAGCGUGGAUUUAGUGGAUUUAAAAACAUUAGAGACAGCUUGUGACGGCGGUUAAACCGGUGGGGUAGCUAGCGCCGUCGAGCAAACAACACAACCGCUGAGCUUGCUUCUUUUGUCAGUUACUACGUGGUCAACGUCAACAACGGGGGGAAAUGUCGGGAGAGCCAAUUCUCAUCACACUGGAAACGGCCACUGGCGCCCCGAGUUCAUUCCCGGUGGUUUUGAAGAAAAUAAUGGAAAUGCCUCCGCCGAAUAUCCUGGACGGGGACGAGGACACUGAAAAGGAAAAGCUUUGUCUGGGAGACAAUGUCGACCUGGGGGGAGGUAGCGAUAUGGGCCCUUCAGCCGCCUUGACUCCUGCAAUCUGGGAGAAGACCAUUCCUUAUGAUGGUGAGAACUUCCACCUGGAAUACAUGGACCUGGAGGAGUUUCUAAUGGAAAACGGCAUCCCCACCUCGCCUGACGAGGACUCCUUAACGAGCAGCCCCGAAGAAGACACCAUUAAGACGGAGAAACUUAAGGCUACUCCCUCUGCACAGAAAAGGGGUACGAAGCCAGCAAUCGUGUCCCAAGUGGCCCUGCUGCCCAUUCAGGAGUUGGACAGGUGUGAGGAGGAAGUUGUGAUCAUCACCAAGGGUGACUCUGAUAUCAUGUGUGAUGUCACAGCAGAGGUGACCACUGAAGAGGGCAGAGCGAGCCCCGAACUCGUCGAUCCUGAUGAUAUUGAGGUCGAUAUCAACUACGAGCCAGAUCCCACAGACCUAGUCCUGUCAAGUGUGCCUGGGGGCGAACUGUUUGACCCACGCAAACACAAGUUCACCGAAGAUGAGCUCAAGCCACAACCUAUGAUCAAAAAGGCCAAGAAGGUGUUUGUGCCUGAAGAACAGAAGGAUGAGAGGUACUGGCAGAGGAGGAAGAAGAACAACUUGGCUGCCAAACGCUCACGUGACGCACGUAGGUUAAAGGAGAACCAGAUCACAGUCCGAGCCGCUUUCCUGGAGCGGGAGAACACAGCGCUGCGGACGGAGGUUGCAGAGUUGCGGAAGGAAUGCGGCCGCUACAAGAACGUUGUGGGUUGCUACGAAGCCAAAUUUGGACCAAUUGCGGUGCCGGAAGACCAAUAGACAACAAUUGAUUUAUUCAUUUAUUUUUCCAAUGAAUCAAUAAAUCAACCAUCUGAGUUGGUACAUGAGAACAGUAAGAACCGAUCAGAUGAAGACAAGGAGAAGAGGAGGAAGAGAGCAUACGUGAGCAUAUGACUGUUGUCAUGGAGACACAAUAGCAUGUUAAGACCUGAUAUCUUUUUUUUUUUUUUUUAUGACUUCUAUUUACCAUCCAUGUGAGUGAGAUGAGUGUGAUUGGAUAUUCAAGUGCUUCUUCAGUACACCUUCUUUAUGAAGUGUACUUUUAUCAUGUUUUGUAUGCCUUUUGCCGAAAGAGAUCAUUUGUGAUGUUUAUUUUGGAGUAACUGUGGGUUCUAUUUUAUUUUUUAAAUAAUAGAGUUGAUACUUAGGUAGCAAUUGCAAUAGUUCAGACUAGAUUCUCAGUCAGUUUUAUGAUAUUGUAGAAAUAAACUGAUUUGCAGGUUGCCUCCGGUUCUUUACACAUUUUAAUGCCUUCUGAAACCUGCUUGUCCAAUUUUAUUUUCAAAUUUAUGCUAGUAUGUGGCAGAUUAUGUGGAGAGCUGGGCUUUCUUUGCCCACAAAAACUUUUGUCUUUUCCAGUUCCUUAAGCUUCUUCAGGGGAUUACAGUGACAUGGCAAAAACAAACAAAAAAAAAAAGAAGCCAUACUCGCUUCUCUUCAUGUACAAGUAUUCCUUACCAGCGUCACAGAGCUGUACAUAAACACUCCGUUCUCCCUGUCUCAGCAUACGUCUCGCCGUCGCUCUCGUGCCACGUUUGUCACUGAGUAGGACGCCUGUCUGGCUCUCUGGGGGUCGUCGUGUUGACCCGUCCAUUUAUGUCAGUACCGCUUCGGAAGUGUUGUCUGUGGAAUCCACUGAUGCAUGUACUGUAAAUAGUUGUAGCCUAAAACUAUGCUUUGUAGCCCCCCCCCCCCAAUGUUUUACAAAUGUAUUAAGUCUCGUAGGUCAUGAGUUUUUGAACAGGCUAUCUUUAGUUUUUGGAUAGAAUUGAGAAAUUAAAUUGUAAAUAUCCUUAAAGCUGACCAUCCCUCGGCUAGGUGAUGAGCUGACAUUUGCCUCCAUAAUGGCUGAACAUUUGUUUGUUAAAGGCAUGCAGUUAGAUGCUAAUGGCAUGUUUUUGGUUAGUGCUUUAUUAAAGGCAGCUGGUAAGCCUGAAAACACAGACAUCUUUGUUGAUGUUGUCUACUACAGGGGCCUAAUUAAAUGGAUCAAGCUCAUAUUUAUAAUAAAUGAAAAAUAAAUUUACAAAUAAAUAAACAAUAAAUGUGCUCAAAAACCCUUGACUGGAAUGUGUGUGCAUUUAGAUUGUAUUAUCUGUUAAGUUUUUUAGGAUGUGUGGGUGGACACAUUUAUCAGACUUAUCACCCAACUUUUUCUAUUCAUCUGUAUCUGAACUUGUUCAGAAAUUCUCUCUCAGACAUAUAAGCUGGCAGUGACUGUUGCCAACUUAAUUUUUUCCAUUAUUUUUUGACAAACCUGGAAGUCUCAAUAAAUGCAGCCUGUAUUGGGGCAUCUUUUUCACAAAAUAAGGAACCCCUAAAUCUCUGUGUCUUCUAUGCGUAAAGCCAUUUCAAUGCAGUGUGCAGUCUGCCGGUUUACAGGGGGGCAUACUGUUGAACGUUACAUUCAAAAUUAAAGUUAUAACCCUGGGUUAUUUUACUGUCCAAUUCUGACAAAAAGGGAAAGAUGUUGUUCUUUGCUGAAGUGCUUCCAUCCAUGGACAUUGUGACUUCUUAUCAAAAUAAAUUCAAUAUUAUGUUUUUUUUUUUUUUUUUUUCUGAAAGGGUUCCUGUGUGAAAAAUCAAAUGAAAUCUAAACUAAUAUAGGUUCCUUUUUAAUAUUACAACCAGCAGUAAGUAGAGCUUUAUCUGUUUGUUUUUUUUCCUCUUUUUUGUUAAGUAACAGACAAGUACAAUCUUCCCAGUGGAGUAAAACUAAAAGUCAGGAUUACCACAUUUAUCUACAGUGAUUUUUGUGGAAAUAAUUCUUUUAGAGUCACAUACUCCAUAAUAAGGUCUCCAAAGUGUAAUUUUUGAAUCACUAUUUUUAGUAUAAUUUUGACAUCAAUGAUAAUGUACUUCCGACUUGUUUUAAUAAUUUUUUAAUGCUUUCUGCUAUAACGGAGAUUGCAUCUGCCUUGUAUCUGGAACAGGACAAUUUGUUAACUUUGAGGGGUUGUUUUUAAUCUUCCUGGUUCUGUCUUUGUAUUUCUUUGUAAAGAAAUGCCUUGGCAUUUUGAGUGUGGCUAUAUUUUGUCUUGUAUAUACGGUUAUGUAUAAAUAAAGCCUUGUUGAGAAAGUC